AUGGAUUCAACAACGGGUGAAAAGCGAAAGGCUGAUGAACUAGAAAGACAAGAGCCUGAGAUAAAGAAACCAAAUAUUCAACAUCUAGUCAGAGAGCCUUCUAUUCUCCACAUUAGGCCAGUUGACGACGUUAUUAAAUAUAUUGCAGACUUCAUAGGAAAUUAUUGUCAUUAUAAGAAUGUGGAAAUUGAAGCAAAGUUUGGCAUCUUUGUAGAUAGAAGAACAAACAGGAGAAUUAAUUUGAAUGCUCUCACAGAAACAAUUUUACAACCAGAGCAUGAGAGAAGUGUUCGUUUUCAAACAAACAUGUCAUUAGAACAACAUCGUCAUUUUAAUAAGUUACUUAAUGAUAUGGUCAACAAGACACAGGCAAAAGACUAUAAAGGAGAGCGUAUUCGAUAUAAGCAUACCAACGAGAUUGACAAGUUUUAUGACAUACCCAACGCAAAAGGAAGAUGGCGAGUGACAGUGGACCAACAGGGACAGAUUGUACCUAAUGGCAUUAUUGAAAAGGAACGUGUUGCUGAUCUUAAUGUUCAUGCACCUAAUCAACCAUUGGACUUUAGAAUCUCGAUCAAUGUUGAACAUCCUCGACCAAAACCAAACAUGGAAUGUACUUAUGAAAGAGCCAAGGAUCGGAUAUCAUAUCAACACGGAGGGAUCAGUUUUGAUCUGACUCAAGUCAAAUCGGGUAAAGAGGACUCUGAUCCACGCCAUGAAUUAGAGUUGGAGUUUGCAGACUCAAAGCUUCUUGCAGCCGAAAGAUUAAAAUACAGUAGAAAAGAACCAUCACACUAUACACAAAUGAUUGAAGUAUUUGUAAAUAAUAUUCGCGUAUUAGGUAGAAGCGCCUUGAAGCAAUAA